AAAAUGUGUUAUUUUCACAGUAGAGCUCGGUUUCUCUCAUAUUCAACACUUCUCUGGUGAAUGUAAAUGAUGGAAACACUGGUGACGCUCCUCCUCGCUGGAUCUCUGAUACAAGGUCUCGUUCUUACCAAUUAUUACUCUUUUUAACAAGCUGAAUUAUCAGAAUCAGAAUCAGAAAGAGCUUUAUUGCCAAGUGUGCUUACACACGCAAGGAAUUUGUCUUGGUGACAGAAGCUUUCAGUGCACAGACAAGAUCACAAGUGAUCAGAAUAAAUAUGCAUAAAGACACAAACAACAGACAAAUAAACAAGUUAUUAGAAUAAAUAUGUGAAAGACAAUACACAAUAGACAAUAUCAUGCAAGUACAGAUGUGCUAUAUACAAAUUAUGCAAGGGAAUUUUAAAUGUAUGAAAGAUAUGUUAAAGUGAUAACAUAUGUACAAUUAAUUAUUAUUAUAAAAGUACUUUCAUGUGACAUUUGUGAGACUAAAGAGCAAUAAAUGCUGCAGACGUUUGUUCUGCAUAUUAACUUUGUAUGAUUACUUCAUUCUGUUUGUCUGUGUUUGCAUAUGUUUAGGUGUUUUUGUGGUUUCAGUAUCAGUCUGCCAAAGAGAGUAGAAGCUCUACAAGGAUCCUGUGUUUUCAUAUGCUGCACAUUUGAUAUUAAUCAACAAUAUGAAUAUUUACUCACUGAUAGUGCAAAGAGAAUGUGGUUUAAAGACGGUACAGCUAAAGUGUUUAACUCCAGCAGCCCCAACACUGGACUGUUAAAAGGAGAAAUAUUUGGCACUGCUGCACAGAAAAAAUGCAGCAUACGCUUCGAUAAUGUCAGUCAGAGUCAUAAUGGGUCAUAUUACUUCAGAAUUGAGGCCAAUGGUUUACUGAAAUAUAGCUACAAAGCACCUACAUUCUCCCAAGUUCAAAUUUCCGUCUUAGGAUCUCCACCCAAACCCACAGUGAGCAUCUUUAAGGAUCAGAAAAAGCUGAUGGAGGUGAUAGAGGGAAGUUCAGUGAGUCUGCGCUGCUCUACUAAGAUCUUCUGUCCCUUUCAUCCACCAAAUCUCAAAUGGAGCUCAUCUCUCAAUGAGAACAUCACAGAUCGGCAGUAUCAGAGCCAAACUGAGCUCAUCUCUGAUCUGAACUUCACAGUUUCUCGCCGUCAUCAUGGAGUCACUUUCACCUGCACUGCAACACACCAGCUACAGCAGCAGAUCACAACACAAGAGUCCCGUACACUACGAGUUCAGUAUGCUCCUAAAAACACAUCCGUGUCUGUAGCUGGUUUAGCUCUGAAGGGUCGUUCAGUGACUCUGAGCUGCAGCAGUGAUGCAAACCCAGCAGUGAGCUACACCUGGUACAGAGACAAUGAAAGACUCCUGAAUCCAGUUCAGGCCAGACCAAAACUGACCAUCAACAACAUCAACCUUACACACAGUGGACGAUACUACUGUACAGCUCAGAACAAACACGGCACACAGAACACAUCAGUGCUGCUGGACGUCCAACAGAAUAAUUUCUGUCUACGUGCUGAUGAUUAACAUGUGAAGGUGAUCACAUCUGUGUCUGUUUUCAUCAGGCUUUGAAUCCUAUUCUAAAAUCAACAUUAUUCAAAUCAUAUAUCAAAACUUUUUUCUUUGGUUUUUGGUUCUCUGUUUAUCUGGAGUGUCUUUCAUAACUUUUACUGUAAAGUCUGUUUCUACACACAAAACAUGAAGCUGAUAAACAUGAUUACCAGGAGGCAUAGACUACAGGGGACUGAAUGAAAAGGUUUUAAAAAUAAAAAACAGGAGGUUGAAAUGUUCUGUCUCUGGUUUGAGUUGAGCAGAUUUCUGAAAUGGAAACGGGACAUUUUCUUACUUGAGUGGUCAAAUAUAAUUGAAAUCUGAUUUGUUAUUAUCUAUGAAUUAA